GUGCCUACUGUCUGUGACUCUGUAAUCUGUAUUAAUUUUAAUUUUGAAGUGUAGAGAAAUAAAAGUAUAUAAACAAUAACUUCGCUUUGAAUUAGUAUUUUAUCUCUUAAUAUAGAUAUUAGAUUCGUAAAGUAAGAUUUUUGUAGCUAUCGAAAAGUAAAAUGAAUCAAGCGGAGGUAACGAAACUAGUAUCCAAACUUCGCAUAAAAAUACCACCAAAACAUCGCAAAAUGAGCAGUCCAGAGGGACCCGAAGGACGAAUGAAUAAAUUGCGCAAAACCGUAACAGGGUUGUUCAAAUAUGAAAGAAUUGAAUUAAAUCAUAACAGAGCUGACGAAGCCCGUCAGUACGCAGAGAGGUUGAUAGCUGAAGCAAUUAAUCAUGGUGAUUGUCACAAACCAACAAUGGAAAUGGCAGACUAUUGGUUAUUAGAAAAAGAGCUUGUUCACAAAUUGUUUAAAGUUUUAGUGCCACGAUAUGAAAACAGCAAUACUGCAUAUACAAGAAUGUUAAGAGCACCCAGACCUGAAUACAGUUACAAUACAGAGAAGACAGUAUUAGAAUUGAGAGGCAAUCCAUAUCCGCCUUUACAUAACAAACAGGCUAACAACAGGCAAUUACUUCAAAAUAUUCUCCUUGAUGCUGCAAAGUAUGAGUAUAGACAGACAAAGUAUGCUGAAAUGGCUGAAAAUAUAGGCAAGAAUGAACAAGAAAAACCAAGUGUAUAAAAUUUGUUUAUAUUUAGUGUAUAAUUAGUUGUUUGAUAAUAAUAAAUAGUGACAAAUUA